AUUUUAGGAUAGAAUUGUCAGAUGUGGAGGAUAAAAUAUAACUAAUAUUCCACAAUAUAUGUCUCCUCUUUCCAAACAGCUGUAUUUAGAUUCCAAUAUGAUAACUGAAGUUAAAGCAAGCAGCCUCCACAACCAAGUCAACCUCAAACUAAUUGAUUUGAGCAACAAUCUGAUAGAAUUCAUAGAUUCAAGUUCUUUUCCUUCUCUUCCCCAGCUGGAGACUAUAAUUCUAAGUUACAACAGAAUUCGUUGUAUAAGCGCUGCGUCCUUUACAGGAUUGUCCGGUCUGAAGGUUCUAAGUUUACAUGAUAACAAUCUCUCUGGUUUGGAUAGAAAUGCUAUUGGGGAUAUCAAGCAGAUUUCUCACUUAGCUAUUGGAAAUAAUCCUUUGCACUGUGAUUGUAAACUUCAAUGGCUUUCAGUCUGGUUCAAGGAUGGGUUUGAAGCUGGGACUGCUAUCUGCAGUACUCCAAUCUACCUAGAGAACAAACCAUUGAUAAAUAUACCUACAUACUACUUCAUAUGCAAAGGUGGAUUAGACCCUGUAUAUAACAAGUAUAAUUCCUGUUAUUCAGGUGGAUUAGAUCCUGUUUAUAACAAGUGUAAUCCCUGUUAUUCAUGUGGAUUAGACUCUGGAUAUAAUAAGUAUAAUCCCUGUUAUUCAGGUGGAUUAGAUCCUGUAUAUAACAAGUGUAAUCCCUGUUAUUCAGGUGGAUUAGAUCCUUUAUAUAACAAGUAUAAUCCCAGAUAUUCAGGUGGAUUAGAUCCUGUAUAUAACAAGUGUAAUUCCUAUUAUUUAGGUGGAUUAGAUCCUGUAUAUAACAAGUGUAAUCCCUGUUAUUCAGGUGGAUUAGACCCUGUAAUAAGUAUAAUCCCUGUUAUUCAGGUGGAUUAG